AUGCGCCGGUGCGCGGAGGCGAUCGCGAGGACCGUGCUGGCCUUCCUCGACGCCGUCAUCCUGGGCUGCCUCCGCUCAUGCUUCGGCGCACGCCCCCGCCGGGGCUCUGGCCGCCGUGAUGCGCUCGUGCACGGGGAUCAGGCCGCGGCGGCGGAGGUCAUCUGGGAUGACGAGGAAGUGAGGAGUCAUAUGAAAACAAUUUUGAAAAAUACUAAUGAGUGUGACAACAAGCCCACUUCUGGACCACCAGCGAACAGUAAGUUGCUGUUUGAAGCUAAUUCAUCAGAAGAUUACAAAAAUCAAUGCCUCCUACGCCAUGCAAUCUUAGAUGUGAGGACUGUCACUCGCUCAGCUUCCUCGGAAAAGAGAUUGUUUCAAAACAUCCAGCACAAGCCUCUUGAUUCUAGUGGUUCACCGUUCCCAACUCCUCUAGUUCUCAGGGAUGAUAUGCAGACCCCUGGAACAGCCUAUGCUUCACAUAGAGGGACUUCUGUAUCUGGAAAGCGUGUGCGAACCCGGAAACAAUUCAUAUACCCUGUCCUCAGAUCCAUCGAGAACAGACUUAAGCAAACAGAACUGACAGAAGAUUCUUCACCAUUAGCAUCGUUCAAUCCUCUAAAAGGGAGAAACUUGGAAUCAGAUCCUAUCAAGGAUCCAACCCAAAGAUCUUCAACUUCAGUGGUCAUAUCAGGAUUGUCUGAAACUCCAUCAUAUUCUGCACCUGAUCCUAAUGCUUCAUACGAAGUAAAAGAAGCACUGUCUCCCGAUGAGUUACUCGAUGGCAAAGGACUACCAAAAUCCAACUCAGAUGAAAAGAAUGUUGCAUUGAGCCUGUCCCGCUGGCUGAAAUCCUCCUCCGCAGAUGCUGAGAAUCAAGGUGAUGUUAAGUGUCCAGCAGGGGAUCAAUCGUUUGAUGACUGCAGCUUUCUAACUGAGAAGCCUGUCCUCGCGGCAUCUGAUCUGAACUUGGAUACCGAUAACCCCACUCCUAGGUUACCCAAGGCAUGGGAUGGCAACGGUAUUCCCAACACAACCACCAGAUACAAAGAGGAUCAAAGGGUCAAUUGGCACACCACGCCAUUUGAACAAAGACUGCUGAAGGUGUUAUCUGAUGAGGACCGUUGCCCUCCAAGGAAAGUCGUCCGGGGGAAGUUGUUCCAUCUCGAGGAGAAAGCUGAGUAG